CACCGAGUUGUGGAUUAUUUUAGAUGUUUUCUUCUACAGAGGCUGAGUUAACAGUGCAUUCGUCUUCGGAUAGAUUCCAUCUCCGUUCUCCACCGUGGCAUCUCUGUCCAUGAACCUUUUUUUUUUAAUGGAUCAACCCGCUUGCAAGAUUGCUGAUGUGAUCUAUCUGCUCACAAACUGCGUUGGGUUGGACUUGAGUUUGGGUUGGGGAUGGCUGGCGUGAUGCAGCCCACCUUUGGCCUCCUUGUUGACAUUGAUGGAGUGCUGGUGCGAGGAAAAACACCUAUACCGGCUGCCAGGGAGGCUUUCAAGAAGAUCGUGAAUCCCAAGGGGGAGUUUUUAAUGCCUGUGGUGUUCGUCACAAAUUCAGGAAAUUGUGUUCGACAAGCAAAAGCCGACCAGCUAACUGGGGUGUUGGGAGUACAAAUUUCUCAGGAUCAGGUUAUGAUGUCUCACAGUCCACUCCGGAUGUUUAAACGGUACCAUGACAAAUGUGUUCUGGUCUCUGGGCAAGGACCAGUGGUGGACAUCGCUAAAAGUAUUGGGUUCACUCGUAUUGUUACCAUAGAAAUGCUGCGUGAGGCAUUUCCCCUGCUGGAUAUGAUGGAUCAUGAUCGGAGGCCAGAACUGAUGCCAUCCGUACCCAUAAAACUUCCGAACAUUGAAGCUAUUAUCCUGCUUUGUGAGCCUGUCCAAUGGGAAACACAUCUUCAGCUGAUCAUUGAUGUCCUCUUGACUGGUGGAAACCCGGAAAGGAAUCCUCAACAAUUGCUUUCCUCUCAUAUUCCUGUGGUGGCUUGUAACACAGACUUGAUGUGGGUGGCAGAGGGGAAAUCACCAAGGUUUGGCCAUGGAAUAUUUGUGUUGUGCCUUGAAGAGAUUUACAAGAAGAUCACAGGCAAAGAACUGAAAUAUGAGCUGGUAUUAGGCAAACCAAGUGAAUUAACCUACCAUUAUGCAGAGUGUCUAGUAAGGGCUCAAGCUGCUGGAAGAGGCUGGCAGAAGCCUAUUGACACACUUUACGCGAUUGGGGAUAAUUUAAUGACUGACAUUUAUGGUGCUAACCUAUACAACCGCUACCUUGAGGAAGAAUCUUCUGCUAAAGGCUCCCUGGUACAAGCUAAAGUUGUUGCAGGAAAACAAACAGCCACACUGUCGCAGGAUGAAGAUCUUAAUGUAUUGACGAGUGAACUGAUGCAGGGUUCUGCUACCUCCUGUAAGUCUGUGCUGGUUUGCACAGGGGUGUACAAUCCCUGUAAGGAUGACAUGCAAGGCCACAAGGAAUUGAUUACAGGACCUGUAUUUCAUGGCCACAGGGACUUUAGGUUUGAUGCUGAUUUAAGUGAUCCAGACUAUAUAGUACCUAAUAUUGAUGCUGCUGUGGAUCUGAUCUAUAAGUUGGAAAAAUAUGUGCCAAACUAAUGCUUCUUUAUAAAGCUUUUACCUGUGAGCUCAACUUGCAUCUGAAGGAAGAAAAUGCAGAUUUUUAAAAACAAAGUCGCCUGGUUUGGUUCAAAUAUCUAAUUGUCUUCCAUAUGGUUUCUCUCUGCAUUGGCAGAGUUGCCCUCAGUUAUAAAUGUUAGUUUUAAAGCAGUGUAGUUAAAAUGUUAACAUGAUCAUGGUCAAUGAUCUUUGUGUCAUCCAAAGAUUUGGUGAUCCCACUAACUUUUGAUAGCAUAGCAAAAGAACAACUUACCCUCUUUAUGGAUAACUUCCAUAAAAUAUGUUAUAUUUUGAAAAAAACAAACAGUUUUCCAGCAACAUUCAGAAUGAAUAUCAAUGUGGAUUUUUUUUAACCAAGUUGCUAUUGUGAAAUAUAUUGGUGAAACUCAUUGUGUAAUAUAUUGGUGCUCUUACUUGACUUUAAAUUUCUGACAAAAGAUAGAAAUACCACUGCCAAUGUUGAUUAAGACAACACCUGAGGUAUGAAACAGUGUUUGCAAACUAACAUUUGAAAAUGCUAUUGAUCUUUUUUUUACUGGAGUACUGUUAAGUUUAACAUGUAAGCGUUCAAAUCAUAGGUCACGUUUCUUCUUUCUUUCCUCUCCCCACUUCAACCUAUUUCCCACAACCAGACAGAAGUGUAUUAAUGUAGGUUGAUGUAUACUCAUGGUUACCAGUGUGGUAUCUGUAGUUUUCUAUUUCCUGUUUAUAUUAGAUAUGCCAUAGCAACAGUACAAAACCACUCUUAAUUAUUCUUCUGAUAAGAUUGUGGCCAUUUUUUUCGAGUUAAUACCAUUUUUAUAUUGCCAGUAUUUUAUAAUGUAUUUUGUUACCCAGAAAGUAGAUGAGAAGAUAGUCCUCUUUUAAUAUUGCUAAGUGCUAAUUUACUGUACUUGCUACGACGUGACUAUAAAUCUCAGCAGCAUGUCAACUUUGUGGGCACUUGCCACUUCAAUGUUGAAUUUUAAAUGUAAAGAUUUACCAUGUUCAACAAAUCUUGCUAUCCAAGAUGAGAUUUUUUUUCAAUUACACAUGCAGCAAUUAGUAGUAAUCCUGUCAGAAGAUCAGGGUUGGAUGCAUGCCCUUUCACACAACCUAUACAUUUUAACUGCUAAAUAUAUGAAGGAUUUUUUCUCAUCCAACAACUCUAAUGUAGAAAUUUCAGUUAAGAAUUAAAGUCACUGAUUAUUGUC